AUGAGGGUAGGAGGGGGGUGGGGAGGAGGGUUGGGGGAGAAAGAUAGGGAUGGUUAUAGGGAUUGGGGUGUGUUGUUGGGGGUUUGUGGUUGGUUGGGUGGUUGUGUGGGGGUUGGUUGGGUGGGGGGUGUUGGUGGGGGGUUGUGGUGGGUGGUGGGGGGAUUGGUGUUGUGGGGGGGGGUGUUGGGGUGUAGUGUAGGGUGUGUUUGGGGGGGUGGGGGUAGAGGGGUGGGUGGUGGGUGUGUUGGGGUGGGGUGUUUGUGGGUGUGGGGGUAUGUGGGGUUGGGGUUGAGUUUGUGGUGGUUGGGGGGGGUUGUGUGGGGGGGUUUGGUGUGUGUUGGGGUGUGUGGUGGUUGGGGUGGGUUGGGGGGGGGGAGUGUGUGUGUGGGGGGGGGGUGGUGGGUGUUGGGUGGUGGUGGGGGUGGGGUGUGGUGUGUUGGUGGGGGGUGUGUGGGUGUGGGUGGUGGGUGUUGGGUUGGGGUUGGGGUGGUGGGUGUGGGGGGUAUGGGGUGGGUGGGUUGUGUGGUGGGUUGUGGGUGUGUGGGUGGGGUUUGGGGGUUGGGUGGGGAUGGGGGGUGUGUGGGGGUUUUUGGUGGUGGGUUGGUGGGGUGGUUGGGGUGGUUGGGGGGGUUUGGGGAUGGUGGGUUUGUGUGGUGGGUUGUUGUGAUUGUUGGUGGGUUGGUGUUGGGGGGUGGUGUGGGGUGGUGUGGGUGGGUGGUGUUGGGGUGGGGUUGGUUGUGUAGUGGGUGGUGUUGUGGGUGGUUGGUUGUGGUGGGUGGUUGUGGUUGUGGUGUGGGGGUGGGGUGGGUGUUGGUGGUUUUGGUGGGGGUGUGGGGGGGUGGGGGUGGUUGUGUGGGUGGUUGUGGGGGUGUAUGGUGUUUGGGUGGUGGGGGGUGUGUGUGUGGGUGGGUUGUUGGGUGGUUGUGUGUUGGUGUGGGGUGUUGGUUUGUGUUGGGGUGUGUUGGGGGUGGGGGUGGUGUGGGGGUGGGGGUGGUGUUGGGGGUGUUGGUGUGGGGGUGGGUGUGUUGGGGGGUGGUUGUGGUUGGUUGUGUUUGUGGUUGUGGGUUGUUGGGUGGGGGGGGGUGGUUUGGUGUGGUUGGUUGGGUGUGUUGGGUGUUGGGGUGGGUGGUGGGGUGUGGGGUUGGGGUUGGUGGUGUGGUGGGGGGGGGUGUUGGGGUGUGGUGGGGGUUGGGGUGUUGUGUGUGUGGGGUGGUGUGGUGGGUGUGUGGGGGGUGGGGUUGUGUGUGGGGUUGUGGUGUUGUGGGUGGUGGGGGUGGUGGGGGUGGGUGGUGUGUGGUGGGGUGGGGUGGUGGGGUGGGUUGGGGGGUGUUGGGUGGUUUGGGGGUGUUGGGUGGUGGUGUGGGGUUUGGGUGGGUGGGUGGGGGUGGUGGGGUGGGUGGGGGUUGGUUUGGGUGUGUGGGGUGUGGGGGUUGGGUGGUUGGUGGGGGGGGUGGGUGGUGGUUGGUGGGUGGGGGUGUUUGGGGUGGUGUGGGGGUGUGUUGUGGGGGUGGGGGGGGUGGUUGUGGGGGGGUGUGGGGGUUGGGGUGGGUGGGGGGUGUGGGGUGGGUGGGGUGGUUGGUGGGUGGGUGUUGGGGGGGGUGGGGUGGUUGGGGGUGGGGUGUGGGGGGUGGGUGUUGGGGUUGGUGUGGUGUGGGGGGGUGUGGGUGGGGGGGGUGUGUUUGGGUGUGGUGGUGGGGUGUGGGUGGGGGGUUGGGUGGGGGUUGGGUGGGGUUGGUGUGGGUGUUGUGGUGGGGGUGGUGGUUGGGGGUGGUGGGGGGUGGGGGGGUGUGUGUUGGGUGGUGGUGGGGUUGGGUGGGUGUUGGUGGUGGUGGGGGUGUGGGGUUGGGUGUGUUGUGGGUUGGGUGGUGGGUGUGGGGUGGUGUUGGUGGUUGUGGGUGGGGGUUUGGUGUGGUGGUGGGGGUGUGGUGGGUGGGGUGGUGUGGGUUGGGUUGGGGUGGGGGUGGUGUGGGGGGGGGGGGGUGGUGUUGUGGGUGUGGGUGUGGGUGUGUGGGUGGUGGGGGGGUUGGUGUGGGUGGGGUGGGGUGGUGGUGUGGUGGGUGUGUUGGGUUGGGUGGGGGGUGGGGGGUGUGGUGUUGGGGGGUUGUGUUGGGUGGUGUUGGGGUGUGGGUUGUUGGUUGGGGUGGGUGUGGUUGGGUGGUGUGGUGGUGGGGGGUUGGGUGUGGGUGUGGUGGGGGGUGGUGGGGUGGGUGGUGUUGUGGGGUGGUGGGUGUGGUGUGUUUGGGUUGUGGGGUGUGGGUGUUGGGGGUGUGGUGGGGGGGUGGUGGGUGUUGUGUGGUGUGGGUGGGUGUGGGGGGUGGGGGUGGGGUUGUGUGUGGGGUGGUGUUUGUGUGGUGGGGUUGUGGUGGGUGUGGGGGUGGUGUGGGGUGGGUUGGGGUGUGGUGGUGUUGUGGGGGUGUGGGUGGUGUGGGGGGGUGGGUUGUGGGGUGGUUGUUGGGUGGGGUGGUGGGGUGGUGUGGGGGGGGGUUGUGGGUGUUGGUGUGGUGGGUUGUGGGUUGGGGGUGGGGGGUGGUGUUGGUGUGGGUUGUUGUGGUGGGUGUUGGGUGGUGGUGGGGGGUGGGGGUGUGGUGGGGUGUUUGGGGGUGGUUGUUGGUGUGGGUGGUGUUGUUGUGGGUGUGUGGUUGGUGGUUGUGUGGGGUGGUGGGUGUGGGUGUGUUGGUGUGUGGGUGGGUGUGGGUGUGGGUGUUGUUGUGGGUGGUGUUGUGGGGGUGGUGGUGUGGGGGUGUGGGGUGUGUUGUGGUUUGGGUGGUGGGGUGUUGGUGGUUGUGGGGUGGUGUGGGGGUGGGGUGUGGUGGGUGGGGGGUGUGGUGGGUGUGGGGGUGGUGGUUGGGUGGGUGGUGUUGUGGGUGGGUUGUGGGGUGGUUGGUUGUGGGGUGGGGGGUGGUGGUUGGUGGUGGUUUGGUGGUGGUUGGGGGUGGUGGUGGGUGUGGGUGUGUUGGGUGUGUGGUGGGUGUGGUGUUGGGGUGGGGGGGUGUGGGGUGGGUGUGGGGGUGGGUUGGGUGGGGGGUGUGGUGGUGUGGGGUGGGUUGUGGUGUUGGGGGUGGGGGUGUGGGUGGUUGUGGGUGGUGGGGUGUGGGUGGGUGGUGGGGUGUUGGUUGGGGGUGUGUGGGUUGGUGGGGUGGUGUGGGGGGUGUGGGUGGUUGUGGUUGGGUGGGUGUGGGGGGGGUGGGGUGUUGUGGGUGGGUGUGUGGGUUGUGGUGGUGGGGGUGGGGGGGUGGUGUGUGGGGGGGGGGUGGUGGGUGUUGGUGGUGGGUGUUGUGGGUGUGGUGGGUGUGUUGGGUGGUUGGGGGUUGGUGGGGUGGUGGGGUGUUGGUGGGUUUGGUGUUGGGUGGGGUGGGUGGGUGGUGUGGGGGUUGUGGGGUGGUGGGGGUGUGGGUGGGGUUGGUGGGGGGGUGUUGUGGGGUGGGGGUGGGUUGUGGUUUGGGGUGUGGUGGGGGGGGUUGUGGGUGUGGGGGGUGGGGGGGGUGGUUGGGGGUGGUGGUGUUGGGUGGUGGGGUGGGGUGGUUGGGUUGGGGUGGUGGGGGGGUGGGUUGUGGGUGGUGGUGUGGGGGGUGGGGUGUGGUGUGGUUGGUUGGUGGUUGGGGUGGGGUGGUGUGGGGUGUUGUGGGGGUGGUGGGGUGGGUUGGUGUUGGGUUUGGGUGUUGUGGUGGGGGGGUGUGUUGGGGGGUGUGGGUGGGGGGGUGUGGGUUGUGGUGGUGGGGUUUGGUGGGUGGGGUGUUGUUGUGGGUUGUGGGUGGUUUGUGGUGUGGUUGUGUUGUGGGGGUGGGUGUUGGGGUGGUGUGGGUGUGGGUGGUUGGUGUGGGUGUUGGUUGGUGGUGUUGGGGUGUGGUGGUGUUUGUGUGGGUGGUGGUGUGGGUUGUGGGUUGGUGGUGGGGUGGGGGUGGUGGGUUGGGGGGUGGUUGGUGGGGUUGUGUGGGGUGGUGGUGGGUGUUGGGGGGGUGGGGGUGGUGUUGGUGGGUGUUUGUGGGUUGUGGUGGGUGGGUGGUUGGGGUUGUGGUGGUUGGUGGGUGGUGGGGGGUGUUGUGGGUUGUUGGGGGUGGUGGGUGGGGUGGUGGGGGGUUGUGUGGGGUGUGGGGUUUGGGGGUGGGGUGGUGUGUGGUGUGGGGGGGUGGUGUUGGUUGUGGUGGUUGGGUGUGUGGGUGGGUUGUGUGGGGUGGUGGGUGGGGUGGUGGUGGGGUGGUGUGUUGGUGUUGGGGUUGGUUGUGGUGUGGUGGUGUUGUGGGGGUGGGUGUGUUGGGGUGGGGGGUGGUGUUUGGGGUGUGUGGUGGGGGGUGUGGGGUGUGGUGGGUGUUGGUUGUGUGGGGUGUUGGUGUGGGGGUGGUUGUGGGUGGUUGGGGUUGUGGGGUGGUGUGGUGUGGUGUGGUGGGGGUGGGUGGGUGUUGUGGGUGGUGUGUGGUGGUGUGGGUGUUGGUGUUGGUGGUUGGGUGGGGGUGUGGGGGUGGGUGGGGGUGGUGUUGGUGUGUUGGUGGUGUGGGUGGGUGUGUGGGUUGUGUGGUGUGGGUGGGGGUGUUGUGGGUGUGGUGGUUGGGUUGGGGGGUGUGGGGGGUGGUGUGGUGGGUGUUGGGUGUGUGGUGGGGUGGUUGUGGGUGUGGUGUGGUUGGGGGGUGGUGUUGGGGUGUUUGGGGUGGUGGUGGGUGUGGUUGUGGUGGGGUGGGGUGGUGGGUGUGUGGGGUUGGGUGUGGUGGGUGUGUGGGUGGUUGGGGGGUGGGGGUGUGGGUUGGUGGUGGGUGUUGGUUGUGGGGUGGGUGGGUGGGGGGUGUGUUGUGUGGGUUGUUGGGGGGGUGGUGGGGGUGGUGUGGGUGUGUGGUUGUGUGGGGUGGGUGUUGGUGUGGGGUUGUGUGGGGUGGGGGGUGGUUGGUGGGUGGUGGGUGGGUGGGUUGUGUGGGGGUGGUGUGGGGGUGGUGUUGUGGUGGGGUGGUGGGGGGUGGGGGGUGUGUUGGGUGGGUGGGGUUGGGGUGGGUGUGGGUUGGGUGGGGGUGGUGUGGUGGUUGUGGGGGUGUGUGGGGUGUUGGGGUGGGUGUGUGGGUGGUGUGUGGUGGGUGGUGGGGGGUGUUGUGUGGGUGGUGGGGGUGUGUGGGGGUGGGUGGGGUGGGUGGGGUGUGGUGGGGUGGGGGGUGUGUUGGGGUUGGUGGUGGGUUGGUGUGGUGGGUGGGGGUUGGUGUUGGGGGGUGGUGGGUGUGGGUGGUGGUGGGGGUUGUGGGGGGUGGUUUGGGUGGUGGUGGGGUGGGUGGGUGUGGGUUGUGGUGGGGUGGGUGGUGGGGUGGUGUGGUGUUUGUGGUGUGGGGGUGGUGGGGUGGUUUGUGGGUGGGGGUGUUGGUGGGUGUGGGUGGGGGGUGUUGGUGUGGUGGGGUGGGGUUUGUGUGGUGGGUGGGGGUGGGUGUGGUGUGGGGGUGGGUGUGGUGGGGUGGGGGGGUGGGUUGGUUGGUGGUGUGGGGGUGUGGUGGGUGGGUUGUGGGUGGUUGGGGUGGUGGGGGUGUGGGUGUGGGGGUGUGGUGGUGUGGGUGGGGUGGUUGGGGUGUUGGUGGGUGUGGUUGUGGGUGGUGUGGGUGGGUGGUGGGGGUUGGUGUGGGUUGUGGUGGGUGGUUGGGGGUGUGGGUUGUGGGGGGUGGGGUGGUGUGGGGGGUGGGUGUGGGGGGGUUGGGUGUGGUUUGGGGGGGUUGUGGUGUGGGUGUGUGGGGGGUUGGGUGGGGGGUGUGUGGGUGUGGGUGUGUGGGUGUGUGGGGGUGUGGGGGGUGUGGUGUGGGUGGUGGUGUGUGGGGUUGUGUUGGUGUUGGUGGUUGGGGGGGGGUGUGGUGGUGUUGUGGGUGUGUGGGGUGUUGUGUGGGUGGUUGUGGGUGGGUGUGUGGGUUGGUGGGGGUGUUGGUGGGUGUGGGGUUUGGUGGGGUUUGGUGGGGGGGUUGUGUGGUGGUUUGGUGGGUGGUUGGGUGUUGGUUGGUUGUGGUGUGGUGGGUGUUGGGGGGUGGUGGGUGUUGGGUUGGUGUGUUGGGGGGUGUGUGGGUGGUUGGGUGUUUGUGGGGUGGGGUGGGGGGUUGGUGGGGGGGGUGGUUGGGGGUGGUGGGGUGGGUGGGGGUGGUGGGUUGUGGUGGGUGUGUGGGGUGUGGUGUGGUGGUGUUGGGGUGGUGGUGUUGGGGUUGGGGGGUUGUGGGGUGGGGUGGGGUGUUGUGGUGGUUGGGGGGGUGGGUGGUGGGUGGGGUGGUGGGGGGUGUUGGGUGGUUGGUUGGUGGGGGUGGGGUGGUGGGGUGGUUGGUGGGUGUUGGGGGGUGGGGGUUGGGGGUGGUGGGUGGUGGUGGUUGUGGUGGGGUGGGGUGGGGUGUGGGUGGUUGUGUGGUGGUGGGGGUGUGGGUUGUGGGGGGUGGUGUGGUGGUUGGGUGUGGGUGGGGUGGGGUGUGUUGUGUGGGUUGGUUGGGUGGGGUGUGGGGUGUUUGGGGGGUUGGUUGUGGGUGGGUGGGUUGUGGGGUGGUGGGUGGUGUGGGGGGGUGGUGGGGUGGGGUUGGUGGGGGGGGGGUGUUGGGGUGUGUGGUGGUGGUGGGGGGUGGUUGGGGUGGGUGUGGUGGGGGGUGGGGUUUGGGGGUGGUGUGGGGUUGGUGUUGUGGGGGGGUGGGGGGUGGUGGGGGUUGUUGGGGUUGGUGGUGUGUGGGGGGGGUGUGUUGGUGGGUGUGGUGGGUGGUUGGUGGGUUUGGUGUUGGGGGUGUGGGUGGUGGGUGGGGUUGGGGUGGGGUGUUGUGGGGUGUGGGUUGGUGGGGUGGUGGGGGGUGGUGGGGUGGGGGUUGUGGUGUGUGGUGUGGGGUUGGGGGGUUGGUGUUGGGUGGUGGGGGUGGUGGGGGGUGUUUGGGUGGGGUUGUUGGGGUGGGUUGUGUGUUGUGGGGGUGGUGGGGUUGGGGGUGGGGGGGGGUUGGGGGGGUGGUGGGGUUGGGGGUGGGGGUGUGUGGUUGUGGUUGGGUUUGGUGUGGGGUGGGUUGGGGGGGGUGGGGUGUUGUGGGUUGGGUGUGGUGUGUGGGUGGUGGGGUGUGGGUGUGUUGUGGGGUGGGGUGGUGUGUUGGUGGUGGGUUGGUGUUGGGGGUGUUGGGUUGGUGGGGGUGGUUGGGGGGGUUUGGUGUGGUGGGGUGUUGGUGGUGGUUGUGGGGUUGGUGGGGGGGGGUUGGUGGGUGUGGGGGGUGGUGGGUGUGGGGUUGGUGGGUGUGGGGUGGUUGUGUGGUGUGGUGGGGUUGGUGGUUGUGGGUGGGUGGGUGUGUGGGGUGUUGGGUUUGUUGGGGUGGUGUUGGGGUGUGGGGGGGGGUGUGGGGGGUUGGGUGGGUGGUGGUGUGUGGGUGUGGUGUGGGGGUGUGGGGUGGUUGGUGUGGGGGGUGGGUGUGGGUUGGUGGGUGGGGUGUGGUGGGGUUGUGGUGGGUGGGGUGGGGUGUUGGGGUGGGUUGGUGUGGUGGUGGGGGUGGGUUGGGUGUGGGGGUGUGUGGGUUGUGUGGUGGUGGGGUGUUGGGGGGGGUUGUGGGUGGUGUGUGGGUGUUGGGGUGUGGGUUGGUGUGGGUUGGGUGGGGUUGUGGGGUGGGGGUGGGGUGGUGGUGGGGGGUGGGGGUGGUUGUGUUGGGUGGUGGGUUGUGGGUGUGGGGGUGUGUGGUGUGGUUGGUGUGGGGUGGUUGUGUGGGGUGUUGUGGUGGGUGUUGGUGUGGGGUUGGGUGGUGGUUGUGGGUGUUUGGUGGGUGGGGGGUGUGGGUUGUGGGUUGUGGUGGUGGGGUGGGUGGGGUGGUGGGGGGGUGGGUGUGUGGGUGUGGUGGUGGUUGUGUGGGGGUGGGGUUGGUGGGGUGGGUGGUGGUGGGGUGUUGGGGUGGGUGUGUUGGGGGGGUGGUUGGGGGUGUGGGUGUGGGGUGGUGUGUGUGGGUGGGGGUGUUGGGUUGGGUGGUGGUUGUUGUGUUGUGGGUGGGGGUGUGGGGGUGGUGUGUUGGGGGGUGGGGUGGUGGGGGGGUGUUGGUGGUUGUGGGGGUGGUGGGUGUGUGGGGUGGGUGGGUUGGGGUGGGGGUGUUGUGGGGGUGGGUGUGGGGUGGUGGGGGUGUGUGGGGUGGGGUGGGUGUUGUUGUGGUGGGGUUUGGGGGUGGGGUUUGGUGGUGUGGGGGGGUUGUGGGUGGUGGGUGGGGUGGGGUUGUUGGUGGGUGGGUGUUGGGGGGUGGGUUUUGGUUGGGUGGUUGGUGGGGGGUUGUGGGUUGGGUUGUGUGGUGUGGGGUGGUGGUGGGGUGUGGGGGGGUGGGUUGGGGGGUUGGGUGGUUGGGUGGGGUUGGGUGGUGUGGGGUGUGUGGGUGGGUGGUGUGGGGGUUUGGGUUGUGUUGGGGGGUGUGGGGUGUGGUGGGUGUUGGGGGGUGUGGGGUGGGUUGUGGUGGGUGGGGUGGUGUGUUGGGGGUGGUGGGGUGGGGGUGUGGGGUGGGUGGGUUGUGGUGGUGGUGUGGGUGGUGGUGGGUUGGUGUGGUUGGGUGGGUUGUGGGGGGUGGUGGGUGGUGGGUGUGGUGGGUGUUGGUGUGUUGGGGGUGGGUUGUGGUGUUGUGGGUGGUUGUGGGGGGUGUGGUGGUGUGGUGUUGGUGGUGUGGGGUGGGUGGUGUGGGGUGUUGUGGGGUGUGGGGUUGGUGUUGGGGGUGGGUGUGGUGGGUGGUGGUUGGGUGGGGGUGGGGUGUGGUUGUGGGGUGUGGGUGUGGGGUUGGUUGUGUGGGGGUGUGGUUGGUGGGUGGGUUGUGGGGGUGGGGUUGUGGUGGGGGGGGUUGGUGUUGGGUGUGGGGGUGUUUGGUGGGGGUGGGUGGUGGGGGGGGUGUGGGGUGGGUGGUUGGUGGGGUGGUGGGGUGGUGGUGUGGGGUUUGGGGGUGGGGGGGGGGUGGGGGUGUGGUUGUUGGGGUUGUUGGUGUGUGGGUGGGGUGUGGGGGGUGUGUGGUUGGGUGGUGGUGUGGGGGGGUUGGUGGUGGGGUGGUGGGGGUUGUUGGUGGGUUGGGGGGUUGGUGGUUGGGGUUUGUGGGUGGGGGGGGUUGGGGUGUGGGUGUGGUUGGGGUGUGGGGUGUGGGUGGGGUGUGGGUUGGGUUUGGGGGGUGUUGGGUGGGUGUGGUGGUGGUUGUGGGGGGGUGUGUGGGUGGGGUUGGUGGGUGUGGGGUGGUGGUGGUGUGGGGUGGGGUGUUGUGUGGGGUGUGGGGGGGUGGUUGGGGGUGGGGGGUUGGUGGGUGGUGUGGGUUGGGUGUUGGGGGGGGUGGUUGUGGGUGGGUGGGUGGGGGGUGUGGGGGUGUUGUGUGGGUGGUGGGUGUGUGGGUUGGUGGGUGUUGGGGUUGUGGGUGUGGGUUGUUUGGUGGUUGGUGGGUUGGGGUGGGUGGGGGUGGUUGGGGGGGUUGGUGGUGGUGUGGGGGGGUUGGGGGUGGGGUGGGUUUUGUGGGGGUGUGGGGGUGGUUGUGGGGGUUGGGUGGUGUGGUGUGUGGGGUGGGGGUGGUGUUGGGGGUGGGUGUUGUGGUGUUUGGUUGGGGUGGUUGGUGGGGGUGUUGGGGUGGGGGUUGUGGUGUGGGGGUGUGGGUUGUGGUGGGUGGGGGGGGUUGUGGGUGGGGUGGUUGGGGGGGGUGUGGGUGUUGGGGGGUGGGGGUGGUGUUGGGUGGGGGGGUGGGGGGUUGUGGGGUUGGGUGGUGGGUGGUGGGUGGUUGGUGGGUGGUGGUUGGGGGUUGGGGGGGGGUGGUGUUGGUGGUGGGUUGUGGGUUGUGGGGUGGGUGUGUGGGUGGGGGUGGUUGUGGGUGUGGUGGUGGUGUGUGUGGGUUGGGUGGGGUGUGGUGUGUUGGGGGGGGUGGUUGUGGGGUGGUGUGGGUGUUUGGUGUGGGUGGGGUGUUGGGGGUGGGGGUGUGGUGGGGGGUGUGGUGGGUGUUGGGGUUUGGGUGGGGUGUGGUUGGUGUGGUGGUGGGGUUGGUGUGGUUGUGGGGUUGGGUUGGUGUGGGUGGGUUGUGGGUGUGGUGGGUGGUUGGGUGGUGGUGGGGUUGGGGGGUGUUGGGUGGGGGGUUUGUGGUGGUUGUGGUUGGUGUGGGGUUUGGUUGGGUGGGUGUUGUGGGGGUGGGUGGGUGGUGUGUGGGUGUGUGGGGUGGGGGGUGUGUUGUGGUGGUUGGGUGUGGUUGGUGGGGGGGGUGGGGUUUGGUGGUUGGUGUGGGGGUGGGUUGGGGUGUGUGUGGGUUGGUGGUGGGUGGGGGGUUGGUGGGUGUUGGGUGUGGGUGGGUUGUGGGGGUGGGUGUGGGGGUGUGGGGUGUGGGGUUUGGGGGUGGUGUGGGUGGUGGGUGUGGUGUGGUGGUGGUUGGUGUGGGGGUGGGGUGGGGGGUGGUGGUGUUGGUGGGUGGUGUUGUGGUGGGGGUGGGGUUGUUGGGUUGUGGUGUUGGGUGGUGGGGGUUGUGGUUGGUGUGGGGUUGUGGUUGGUGGUGUGGGUGGGUGUGUGGGUGUUGGUGGUGGUGUUGGGGGUUGGUGGUGGGUGGUGUGGGGGGUGGGUUGGGUUGUGUGGGGUGGUGUUGGGGGUGUGUGGUUGUGGGGUUGUGUGGGGGUGUGGGUGGUGUGGUGUUGUUGGGGUGUGUGUUGGGGGGGUGUGGUUGGUUGUGGUGGGGGUGUGGUGGGGUGUGGGGGGGUGGGGUGUGGUGGGUUGGGGUUGGUGGGUGUGUUUGGUGGGUGGUGUGUUGGUGUGGGUUGGUGGGGGGGUGGGUGGUGGGGGUGUGGUUGGGUGGUGUGUUGGUGGGGUGGGUUGGGUGGUGGGUUGUGGGGGUGGUGGGGUGGGUGGGGUGUGGGUGGGGUGGGGGUGUGGUUUGGGUGUGGGUGGUGUUGUGGGUGUGGGGUGGUGUGGUGGUUGUGGGUGGUGGUUGUUGGGUGUGGUGUUGUUGGGUGUGGUUGGGUGUGGUUGUGGGUGGGUUUGUGGGGUGUGGGGGUGUGUGGGUGUUGGGGUGGUGGUGGGGUGGGGGUGUUGGGUUGGGUGGUGUGGUGGUGGGGUGUGGGGUGGGUGUUGUGUGGUGGGUGUUGUGGGGGGUGUGGGUUGGGGGUGGUGGGGGUUGUGGUGUGGGUUGUGUUGUUGUGGGGGUGGUGGUGUGGGGUGUGGUUGGGGUGGGUGGUGGGGUGUGGUGGUGUGGGUUGUGGGGUUGGUUGUGUUGGGGUGUGGGGUGUGGGGUGUGUUUGGGUGGGUGGGGUGUGUGGGGGUGUUGGUGGUUGGUGGGGUGUGUGGGGGGGUGGUGGUGGGUGUUGUGGGGUGGGGGUGGUGGUUGGUGUGGGGUUGUUGUGGGUGGGUUGGGGGUGGGGGUUGGUGUGGGUGGUGGGUGGUUGGGGUGUGGGGGGUUGUGGGUGGGGUUGGUGGUGGUGGGGGUGUUGGUGUGGGUGUGGUGGGUGUGUUGGGGGGGUGGUGGGGUGGGUGGUUGUGGGGUGUGGGGUGUUGUGGUGGGUGGUUGGGGUGUGGGGGGGUGUUGGGUGGUUGUGGGGUGUGGUGGUGGGGGGUGUGGGGUGGUGUGGGGGUGUGUGGUGGGGGGGGUGGGUUGUGGGGUGGUGGGGUGUUGUGGGGUUGGGGGUGUGGGUGUUGUGGUGGGGUGUGGGGUGGGGGUGGUGUGUUGGGGGUGGGGGGGUGUGUGUGGGGGGUGGUUGGUGUGUGGUGGGGGUUGUGUGGUGGGUUGGGGUGUUGUUGGGGUGGGGUGGGGGUGUGGUGGGGGUGUGGUGGUGGGGGUGGUGGGGGGUGGGGUGUGGGGUGUGGGGGGUUUGGGGUUGGGUUGUGGGGGUGGUUGGGGUUGGGUUGUGUUUGUGGUGUGGGUGUGGGGGGUGUGGGUGUGGGUGGGGGUGGGUGGGGGUUGUGGUUUGGGGGUGUGGUGGUUGGGUGUUUGUGUGGUGGUGGUGUUGGUUGGGGUGGGGUGGUGGGUGGGGGUUGUGGGGUGUGGGUUGGUGGGUGUUGUGGGUGGGGGUGUGGGGUGGGGUGGUGUGGGGUGUGGGGGGGUGGUGGUGUGUGUGGUUGGGUGUGGGUGGUUGGGGUGGUGGGUGGGUGUGGGUUGGUGGGUGUUGGGUGGUGGGGUGGUUGGUGUGUGGGGGUGGGGGUGUGGGGUGUGGGUGGUGUGGGGGGGUGGUGUGGGUGGGGUGGUGGGGUGUGGGGUGUGGGUGGUGUGGGGGUGGUUGGUGGGUGUGUGGUGGGGGUGGUUGGGGUGUGGGUGGUGGGUGGGGGUGGUGUGGGGGGGGGGGUGUGUGGUGUGGUUGGGGUGGUGGGGGGGUUGGGUGGUUGGUGUGGGGUGUUGUGUGUGGGGGUGGUGGUGGUUUGGGUGUGUUGGGGUGGGUGGUGUGGGUGGGUGUGGUGGGUGUGGGUGGGGGUGGUUGGUGGGGGGUGGUGGGGGUUGGUGUGGGUGGGUGGUGGUGUGGGUGGGGUGUUGUGGUGGUGGGUUGGUGUGGGGUGUGUUUGUGUGUGGGUGGGGGGUGGGUGUGGGUGGUGGUGGGGUGUGGUGGGGGGUUGGUGUGGGGUGGGUGUGUUGGGUGGGGUGUGGGGUGUGUUGGGUGGGGUGGUGGGUUGUGUGGGUGGGGGUGGGGUGGGGUGGUGGGUGUGGGGUGGUGGGUUGGUGUUGGGGGGGGGUGGGUGGUGGGGUGGGUUGUGUGUGGGGGUGGGUGGGUGUGGGGUUGGGUGUUGUGGGGUGUGGGGGUUGUGGUGGGUGUGGGGGUUGUGGGUGGGUGGGGUGUGGGGGGUUGGUGGGGUGGGGGUGUGGGGUGUGGUGGUGUGGGUGGUGUGUGGUGUUGUGGGGUUGGUGUGGGUGGGGGGUGGGUGUGUGGGUGGGGUUGGGGUGGGUUGUGUUGGUGUGUGGGUGGGUUGGGGGGGGUUGGGGUGUGUGGGUGGGGGUGGUUGGUGGGGUGGGUGGGGUUGGGGUGGUGGGUGGGGUGUGGGGGUGGUGUGGGUUGUGGGGUGGUUGGUUGGGUGGUGUGGUUGGGUGGUUUGUGGGUGGGGGUGUGGGUUGUGUUGGGGGGGGUGGGUGGGGUGGUUUGGGGUGGUUGGGGGUGGUGGGGGUGUGGUGUGGGUGGGUGGGUUGGGGGUGGGGUUGGGGUGGGUGGUGGGGGUGGGUUGUGGUGUGGGUGUUGUGGGUGUUUGGUGGUGGGUGGGGUUGGGGGGUUGGGUGGGUUGUGGGGUGUGGGGGGGUGGGGGUUGGUGUGGGGUGGUUGUGGUGGGGGGGUGUGGUGGGGUGGGGGUGUGGGUGGGUUGUGGUGUGGGUGGGGUUGUGGUGGGGGUUGGGUGGGUGUGGGGUGGGGUGGGGGGUUGUGGUGGGGGGUGGUGUGGGUUGGUGUGGGGUGUGGUUGGUUGGGGUGGGUGGGUGUGGGGUGUGGUGGGGGUUGGUGGGUGUGUGGGUGGUGGUGGGGGUGUGUGGUUGGGGGGGGUGUGGUGGGGUUGUGGGUGGGUGGUGGUGGGGGUGUGUGGGUGUUGUGGGGUGUUGGUGGUGGGGGGUGGUUGGGGGUGUGGGUGUGGGGGUGUGGUGGGGUGGGUUGUGGUGUGGUGGUUGGGUGGUGGGGUGGGUUGGGUGUGGUGGGGUGGGUGGUGGGGUUGGUGUGUUGUGGGGGGGGGUUGGUGUGGUGUGGUUGUGGUGGUGGGGUGGGUGUGUGGGGUGUGUUGGGGGGGGUUGGGGUGUGGGUUGGGUUGUGGGUGUGUGUGGGUGUUGUGGUGGGGGUGUUGUGGUGGGUGUGUGUGGUUGUGGGUGGUGGUUGUGGUGGUGGGGGUGGGUUGGGGGGGGGUGGGGUGUGGUGGGGUGGUGGGUGGGGGUUGUGGUGGUUUUGUGGUGUGUGGGGUGGGUGUGGUGUGUGUGGGUUGGUGUGGUGGGGUGGGGUGUGGUGUGGGGUGGGUGUGUGGGGUGUGGGUGGGGGUGGUUGGGGGUGUGUGGGGGGGGUGUGGGUUGUGGUGUGUGGGUUUUGGUGUGGGGGGUGUGUGGGUGUGGGUGUGGUGUGGUUGGUGGGGUGGGUGGGUGGUUGGGGGGGUGUGGUUGUGUGUGGGGUUUGUGGGUGGUGUUUGUGGGUGUGGUGGGGUUUGUGGUGGGGUUGGUUGUGGGGUGGGUGUUGGUUGGGGUGGGGGGUGGUUGGGUGGGUGUGGUGUUGGGGGUGGGUGUGGUUGGGGUUUGGGGGGUUGUGGGGUGUGUGGGUGGGGGUGUGGUGUGGGUGGGGGGUUGGGGGUGUGUGUGGGGUGGGGUGGGGUUGUGUGGUUUGGUGGUGGGGGGUGGUGGGGUGGGGGUGUGGUGGGGGUGGUUGGGGGGUGGGGUGGUUGGUGGGUGGGGUGUGUGGGGUGGGUGUGUGGGGUGGGGGGGUGGGUGGUGGGGGUGGGUGUUGGGGUGUGGGUGGGGGUGGUGGGGUGGUUGUGGGGUUGGGUGGGUGUGGGUGGUGGGUGGUGGGGGGUGUGGUGUGGUUGGGGGGGUGUGUGGGGGUUGUGGGUGGUGGUGUGUUGGGGUGGGGGUUGGUGGGUGGUUUGUGUGGUGGGUUGUGGGUGGGGUUGUGGGUGGUGGGUGGUUUGUGGUUGGGUGUUGGGGUGGUGGGUGUUUGGUGGUGGGUGUGGUUGGUGUGGUGUUGGGGGUGGGUGGGGUGUUGGUGGGGGUUGUUGGGGGGUUGGUGUUGGUGUUGGUGGUGGGUGUGGGUGGGUGGUGUGGGGGUGGGUGGGGGUUGGUGGUUGGGGUGUGGGGUGGGGGGUUGUGGUGUGGGUGUUGGGUGUUGGGGGGUGUGUGGGGGUGUUGGUGGGUGUGGUGGGGUUUGGUGUGGUGGGGUGGGUUGGUGGUGGGGGGGUGGUGGGUUGGGGGGGUGGGGUGGGUUGUGGGGUGGUUGUGGGGGUUGUGGGGUGGUUGGGUUGUUGGGGGUGGGGUGGUGGGGUUGGUGUGGGGGUGGUUGUGGUGGGGUGUUGUGGUGGGUGUGGUGGGUGGUGUGUUUGGUGGGGUGGGGUGGGUGUGGUGGGGGGGUGUGGGGUUUGGUGGUGUGGUGUUGGUUGGGUUGUGGGGGGGGGUGGUGGGGGUGUGGUUGGUGGGGGUGGUGGGGGGUGUGGUGGGGGGUGGGUGGGGUUGUGUUGGUGGUGGGGUGGUGGGGUGGGUUGGUGUGGGGGGGGGUUGGUGGGUGUGGGUGUUGGGUUGGGUUGUGGGUGGUGGGUUGUGGUUGUUUGGGGUGUGUGUGGGUGGGGGGGGUUGGUGGUUGGGUGUGGUGGUUGGGGGUGUGGGUGGGGGUGGGUGUGGGGUGGGGUUGGGGGGUGGGGUGGUGUUGGGGGUGGGUGGUGGGUGGUGGUGGGGUGUGUGGGGGUGGGGGUGGGGGUUGUGGGGGGUGUGGGUGGGGGGGGUGUGGGUGGGGGUUUGGUGGUUGGUGGGGGUGUGGGUGGUGUGGGUGGGUGGGGUGUGGGUUUGGUGGGGUGGUGGGUUGGUGUGGGUGGGUGGGGGUGUGGGUGGGGGUUGGUGGGUGGUUGGUGGGGGUGGGGUGGUGGGUGUUGGUGGUUGGGGGGGUGGUUGGGGGUGGUGUUGGUGUGGGGUGUGGGGUGUGGGUGGGGUGGUUGUGGUGUGGGUUGUGGGUGGGGGGGUUGGUGUGGUGUGGGGGGUUGGUGGGUGGGGUGUGUGGGUGUGUGGGGGGGUGUGGUGGUGGGGUGUUGGGUGGGUGUGUGGUUGGUGGGUUGUGGGUGGGUGUUGGGGUGGUGUGGGUUGGGUGGUGGGUGGGGUUGUGGGUGGGGUGGUGGUGGGUGUGGGGGGGGGUGUUGUGGUGGGUGGGGUGGUGGGUUUGGGGUUUGGUGUGGUGGGUGGGGUGGUGGUUGGGUGGGGUGGGGGUUUGGUGGGUGUGUGGUGGGUGUGUGGUGGGUGGGGUGGGGGUUGUGGGGGUGUGGGUGGUGGGUGUGUGUGGGUGUGGUGGGGGGUGGGGUGUUGGGGGGGUGGGUGUGGUGUGUGGUUGGGGUGUUGUGGUGGGGUGGUGGUUGGUGUGUGGGGGUGGUGGUGGGUGGGGGUUUGGUGGGUUGUGGUGGGUGGGGGUGGUGUGGUGGUGUGUGGGUGGGUGGUGGGUUGGUGGGUGUGUUGUGGGUGGGGGUGGUUGGGGGUGGUGUGGGUGGUGGUUGGGUGGUGGGGGGUGGUUUGGGGGUGUGGGGGGUGUUGGUGGUGGUUCCCUCUGCCGCUUAUUCUAAAACACUUUGGACACCCCUGA